AUGGCACGGUUCCGCGGCCGCCCUGAGCCCGUCCACCCCCCCAGGCGCCCCCGAAAGAGGAUGAGUCAGCCAGAGGAGGAAGGGGCGCCGCCGCCCCCGCCAUGCUGCCCUGGAGGCGAGCGGCCCGUGCACCGCCGCUUCCGCCGGCUGCACCCCCCCGUGGCCGUGGACCUGGGCGACCUGGACAGCCUGGUGGCCAGCCUCAUGGACGCGCCCACCAUCUGCCCGGACUGCGGCGAGAGCUUCAGCCCGGGCGCCGCCUUCCUGCAGCACCGACGCAUCCACCCGCUGGCCGAGGCCGCCGCGGCCGCCGGCCUGGAGCCCCUGGGCGGGACGGUGGGCGCCGUGGCGGGGGGCUUCGCGGCGGGGGCGGCGCUGGCCCGGCCGGCCCGCGACAAGCCGUUCCGCUGCGGCGAGUGCGGCAAGGGCUUCGUGCGCCGCUCGCACCUGGCCAACCACCAGCGCAUCCACACGGGCGAGAAGCCGCACGGCUGCGGCGAGUGCGGCAAGCGCUUCAGCUGGCGCUCGGACCUGGUCAAGCACCAGCGCGUGCACACGGGCGAGAAGCCCUACAUGUGCUCUGAGUGCGGCGAGACCUUCAGCGUCAGCUCGCACCUCUUCACGCACAAGCGCACGCACUCGGGCGAGCGGCCCUACGUGACCAGGUGCCGCAACUCGCACCUGGUCAACCACCUGCGCGUGCACACGGGCGAGAAGCCCUUCCGCUGCGGCCAGUGCGACAAGCGCUUCAGCGACUUCUCCACGCUCACGCAGCACCAGCGCACGCACACGGGCGAGAAGCCCUACACCUGCAUCGAGUGCGGCAAGAGCUUCAUCCAGAGCUCGCACCUCAUCCGCCACCGCCGCAUCCACACGGGCAACAAGCCGCACAAGUGCGCCGGCUGCGGAAAGGGCUUCCGCUACAAGACGCACCUCGCGCAGCACCAGAAGCUGCACCCCUGCUAG